AUUAUGUUAGUGGGAAAAAGCAGGAUCUCUGAACGAAAACUGGUGACUUCCAUUAUCGCAGUGGUGGCAGUGUGUUGAUUAACAGUGUCAGUUAAAGUUCACCGUACAAGAUACCUAUAACAAUAUUAUUAAUUGCGAAGUGCUGGUCUAAGUCACGGCAAUAUUAUACAAUUUAAUAAACAUAAAAAGAGCACACACCUACGUAAAUAUCCGUUUGACUCAGUGAAUUUAUAAUUCUCUUUUUUUUUUAUCGUUUUUAAGAUUUUUUGUUCCGUUACGUUUUCGCUAUUUAAAGACCAGUUUUACUCGACUAAAUGUCGGUCUAUUGUCAUACGAGUAAUUGUUGUUAACUAAAUUUUUGAACUCGUUGACUGCUGCAGGUUAGGUUCUUCUAAUGGCGAACAAUCGAAAAUUGGUAAAAUUGUUAUUGGUGGUCAAUAUUGUGUACAUUUGUAUCGGUUUUACAUCGACGAGGUCUCCGAGUUUACAUCAAAAUAAAAAAUUGGCGAACAAAGCAGAGGAAGUCCAAUCGGUCGAGGCCGAAGCACCUGAAGUAUCGGAAGCAGGAGAGAAUACAGAUGAACCGAACGAUGUACCACCGGAAAAUGGUAGAUUAAACAUGAAACGACGACCCAAUGGCUGCCCGUAUUGCGAUUCUAGUGUGUACAGUUACUGCUCUGACAAAUUAUUGCACGACGCUUGUUGUUGCUUAGAUCCGCACGAUUUACCAAACGAAUGUCAAUUCGCGGAUUGUAGUUUUCUUCACUCAAAUACUUGCCGAGAACAUCGUCUGAUUACUGCUUGUUGUUGUAAUCAGUUCCUCGCACAUAAGAAAUAAACUUAUUGCAACUAUAAAUUAUUUCAGCUAUAUAUUAUUUUAUCGAACCUAUAUAUCAAUAAACAAACAAACCAACCUUUUACGAUUAAAAUUUUUAAAUGUUUGAAAAAUUGUAUAAAUUAAAAACUACAUCGAUGUUAAGACUUAAGAACCAAUAGUCCUUAUACCUACCUAUUUUAUAAUUUAAAUAUUAAGAAUUGUACAUUUUUAUAGAUCUUAUAGUUUUUAAUUGAUUAUUACCAUGAUUAAUAACUUACUAUAUUCAUAAAUUAUAAUGUUUAAAUGAGUUUAUUUUUUAUAUACUUACUUCAUUGUAUUUUAUUUUUAGACCAUAGUUGAAUCGGUUUUUACCGAUGGUUUUAAUGUUUAAAUUUUAAGAUGUCAUUUUUAUGAUGAGUGGUAGGUGUAGGUGUCAGAUGUAGGUCAUA